CUCUCUCUGUUCAGCCAUGACGGCGUGUCUUACGCGUGCCGCCGCAGCCUCGGCCAUGAGCUUCUUGGCCUGAGCCUCGAGCUUAUCAGCCCGCCUCAGCAUACGAUUGAAGCGCUUCUCGUCCUUGUUCUCCUUGCGCGCCGCCUUCUUCGCCUUGUCGGCGGCCUGACGAACUGGAUCCUGCCAUUUUGCGGCGCGCUGGAUGUUGGCUUUGCGCUCUUUCUUGGCCGCGGCCUUGAGCUGCUUCUCUUCCUUGUUGGCGGCCGCACGUCUCUCGCGCUGGUUGUGCUUGCGUUCGAUCUUCUUCUCUGUGAGGGUUCGAGGCGGUCAGCUGUGUCGGGUGCAAUCGUUGGUGGGCACCGGCGCGCAAAGCGGUUUGGGUUCCAGGAUCGUGUUCUUACCCUUGCCCUCAGCCUGAGCCUUCAAGUCUUCGGCGCUCCGGAUCACGGGUUCUUUGAUCGGCGCCAUGCUGUCCCGAUUUCGUUGCGAUUCCAGGUGUUCGGGGUUUUUGGGUGCUGUAGCAAUGGACUGGCCGAUUGCCCUUCGAGCGUUUGGCAAAAGUCGCUGGGUCUUUUUUUUUUUUCUGCCGCGCUGCGAUCGACUGGUGGAGAUGCAACGAUCCAAAAAUUCUGGGCGGGAUCCCCUUCUGCCAGGCGGUAAGAGACUACCUUGAUGCUGGAUCCCUGCAAGGUGGGGUUCUCGAUUUUGUUCGAUAGACCAGUCUAGGUGGGAGG